UUGCUGCCGCUGAAGGCUGAACAACCCAGUCCACUCAUCCUCACCGGCGUCCCGCAAGGAGCCGACAGCGAUGGAGGAAGCGAAGGCGGCGGCGUACUACGACGAGCUCAACCGCAAGGGCGAGGGCGCCCGCCGCUUCAAGCAAGGCCUUGGCUUCUCCUCCUCCGAUCCUACCUUCUUCGCCCCCAAACCCACCGCCUCCUCUUCCUCCUUCCUCUCCGGCUUCGUCCGCGCUGGCGCAGCCCCCGCCCCCGCCCCCGCCCCCGCACAACCCCCUUACCCCACCAAACCACCUCUGCCGCCUCCCGAGCACCCAUACAGCCUGCACCACCGCUCCCGUUCACCGACCCGUGCCCGGUCCAGGUCCCCGUCUCGCUCGCGCAGGCGCCGAUCGAGGUCGAGGUCCCGAUCGAGGGAGCGGCGGCGCCGGUCCAGAUCGAGGGAGAGGGAGAGGGAGGACCGCAGGGGCUCGCGGAGGCAUUCGCGCUCGCGCUCGCCUUCUCGCCGGAGCGGCAGAAGCUCGCCCUCCGAGGGUCGGCGGGACUGGCAUGGGGAUCGGCGGCGCAACGAUGGUGGCGGCCGUGAGAGCUCGAAGGGGCGAGGCUGUAGGGACGGCGGCAAAGUGGACUACUCGCGGCUCAUAGAAGGAUAUGACAGAAUGACACCGGCUGAGAGAGUUAAAGCAAAGAUGAAGCUUCAGCUCUCAGAGACGGCUGCAAAAGAUUCUAGUCUUGGGACUUCAACUGUGGGGUGGGAAAGAUUUGAAUUUAAUAAGGAUGCUCCCCUUGAUGAAGAUGAUGAUGAUGAUGUUGAAGUUGCUAAUGAUGAUGCUUUGCUGGUAAAGAACAUUGGAAAGAGCUUCCGACUUUCUGCUGUGGAGUCAAAGCAUGAAGAUAAAGUCAGAGAUGCGCAUGAUGAGGCUAUAUUUGGAGUACCUACAACUUUGAUUGUUGAUACUGAAACUGCUGAGGACGAGCUUAAAAUCAAUGAUGAGGGUGAGAAAGCUGAAGAUAUAGAAGCUCAACCUAGCAGUUCCCUCAUUAGCGAUGAAGUUUUGGCAAUGCAGAAAGGGUCAUGGAGAGAACGGGCUCAGAAGAUGCGGCAGGGUUCAAAUACAUGAAGUUUAUCCUUGCUGUCCUGCUAAUUUUGACUUUGCCGGUUGUGUAAUCGUGUUUCCCAUGAUGAGCAGUUCGUGAAGAUUCAGAUAUGAGCAUUUUCGGUUGAUAACUUGAUUACCUACAGUUAAAUUCACGUUUUAUGUAUCUUCUGUGUAACAUGUGUCUGCAACCCUUCAUUGUAUAAGGUUUAUGUCGGUAGAGCUUAGAUCCAAACAUCAAGUAGGUCCCAAAAAAAAAGAAGAGUAGGUGGAUAAUACUUGUUCUACUAAGUUAAUAUAAGAUAUGUGCCUGCUUUUAAUUUAUUCAAGUCAA